CUUGCAACCUCAAUGUCACACUAUCUCUAACUUCUAUCAAUCAAAAUUUCAAACAUCAAUUGGUGCUAAUUUAAUAUUCCUAAAAGACAUAGAAAGAAAUGGGGCACAGAGAAAAAUCAAAAGACCGAAAAGAUAAGAGAUUGCAAGAGAUAUCACUUUUGAGGACCAUUCCUUAUUCUGAUCACCAAAGGUGGUGGUCUAAGGAAACAAUUGCUGUGGUCACUGGUGGAAAUAGAGGAAUUGGAUUUGAAAUUUCUAGACAACUUGCUGAUCAUGGAGUAACUGUAAUACUAACAUCAAGAGAUGCUAAUGUUGGUGUUGAAUCAAUUAAGGUUUUGCAAGAAGGUGGUCUUGAUGUGGAAUGUCAUCAACUUGAUGUAUUAGAUUCUUCAUCCAUUAGCCAAUUCUCUGAAUGGUUAAAGGAAAAUUAUGGUGGCUUAAAUAUUCUGGUGAACAAUGCAGGUGUGAAUUUCAAUUUUGGGUCAGAUAAUUCUGUUGAAAAUGCUCAACAGGUUAUUGAAACAAAUUAUUAUGGAACCAAACGUAUGAUUGAAGCUAUGAUUCCAUUGAUGAAGGCAUCUACCGCUGGUGGCCGAAUUGUAAAUGUGAGCUCACGUCUAGGUCGACUAAAUGGAAAACGAAACAGAUUGGAGAAUGAUGCUCUGAGAGAGCAACUAAGUGAUGUGAAAAACCUUACAGAGGAACUAAUUGAUGGUGUUGUGACAAAUUUUCUACAACAAGUAGAAGAUGGAACAUGGAAAUCAGGAGGAUGGCCUCGAAGAUUUACGGAUUAUUCGGUGUCGAAACUAGCUGUUAAUGCUUAUACAAGGUUUAUGGCAAAGAAACUUUGUGAUAGAGUUGAUGGUGAAAAGAUUUUUAUUAAUUGUUAUUGUCCUGGUUGGGUGAAAACAGCUCUUACAGGUUAUGCAGGAAGUGUUACAGUUGAGGAAGGUGCUGAUACUGGAGUUUGGCUUUCUCUUAUUCCUGAACAAGCAAUUACAGGGAAGUUUUUUGCAGAGAGAAGAGAAAUUCAUUUUUAAGAUGGUGAGGGAAUAUGAUAGUGACUUGAAGAACCGAAUUAGAACAAAGUGCAAUGGAAAGAAAUGUUGAAAAAUCUAACUUAGUUGUUUAUAAGUGUGAAGGACUUUACAUUUUGUCAUUGUGACUUAUAUGAGAUUAUUUGAGGCAAUUUCAUGAUCAUCCUCUGUAGAAUUGUUACCAUGUUUGAAUGUUGUUGUUAUUAUGUAUCAUGCAUUUGAGACACGUUCUUUUUGCGAGUUCUUUCUUAUAGAAAUUAAUUUGAUAUAUAUGCUUCAUUAGACAA